AAAGAGAAAUCUUGUCCCCUCUGGAACCCGCCCCCGCGGUCCCUCAGCCCCUGAGGGAGGGUCCCAGUCCCUCAGGUGACAGUGUGGGGGGGAACCUGUCCCCCUCCGGGAGGGUCCCGCUCCCUCAGCCCCUCAUGGCGGGAAGGGGGCGGGGCUUCUCCCCUCACGGCGGGGCUCUCGCGCUGCCCGCACGUGCGCUCCUCGCGCCGCGCAUGAGCGCGGCCACCCCCGAGCCCGCCAAAAGCAGCGCGCUCCCAUUGGCCGCCCUUUUCCCGCCCGCCCCGCGUGACGGGCGUCGCCAUGGCAACCGGCCAAUGGGGCAGCGCGCGAGUGACGAGCGGGGUGGGCGGGGCCUCGGCGGCGGCGGCGGCGGCGCGCGCGCUUUUUCGGCCGCUGCUUCGGCCCUGGCGGGCGCCGGAGCCGCCGCCAUGAGCGGGGCCGGGGCCGGGACAGAGAGACCGUCCCCGGCCAAGCUCCGCCGUCUGGACGAGCCCACCGGGACGGGCCCUACCGCCACCGUUAACCGCGGGGAGACGGCCAGUUCCCCCACCCCCGCCGGAGGUCGUGGUGAGGGCCGCAGCGCGCGCGCGCGGGGCGACGGGUCCGGGCAUGCGCGGGGCGGCGGCGGCGGGGACGCGCGCGCGCCCCCUGGCGGCUUCCCGGAGAUGGCGGAUUUGGCCGGCGAGGGGCUGGAGACCCCCGGGAAGGGCACCGGAGAGGUCACGGCCAGCUCGGAGACCACCGAGGAGGCCAAGGAGGACCUGGAGAACAUCAACGGAUGCAAAGGGAGCCUGGAGAACACAAGUAGAGACUGCUCGGAGGAGGAAAAAGGGGGUUCGGAGACCACCCGAGAGGUCACAGGGGGGAUGGAGACCACCAGUGAGGCCGUAGGGGACCUGGAGAUUGCUGUGACACCCUCCUUGGAGAAGAACAAAGGUGUCCUGGAGACUCCCAAGGAAUCCAAGGGAAGCCUGGAGACCGCCAGCCAGGCCACGGGUGGUCUGGAGAGCAGCAGGGAGGUCACGGGGAGCCUCGGGAGCACCAACGGGCGCAAAGGGAGCCUGGAGACGGCCGUCACUCGCUGCUUGGAGCAAGGCAGAAGGAGCAAAGGGGGCCUGGAGACCACCACCACCAAGGUCCUGGGGAGUGUGGAGAGCGAUGCUUCUGCUGGUGGGGAGCUGAAGAGCACCAGCAGGCGAAAGGCAAAGACCCCUGCGAGGCCCAGGGCGAGCGUAGAGACUGCCAGCACCCAGAGCUCGGAGUGGGAGAGAGGCAGGGAGGGUUUGGAGGCCACCAGAGAAGACACAGGAAGCUCAGAGACCACCAUGACCGGCCACAGAGAGCAGAAAGGAGUGGUGGAGUUCACCGAGGAGGGCCUGGAGCCCACGGCCUGCGUGGGGCAGAGCCGGGGUGGCCCCGGGCUCCCGGAUCUCACGGGGGUCCCGGCGGCCGAGGAGAGCGCGGUGAUCUCCCUGGAUGAGGACGAGGAGGAGGAGGAGGAGCGGGACGAAGGCCCGGCGCGGUACCUGGCGGCGCUGGAGGCCGUGCAGCUGGAGCUGGAGGCCGUGGAGGAGGAGGCCGCCCGAGCCUUCCGCCGCCUGCGCGCCCGCUUCUGCCUCCGCCGCCGGCCGCACCUGCAGCGCCGCAACCGCCUCAUCCAGCACAUCCCCGGCUUCUGGGUCACUGCUUUCCUGAACCACCCGCAGCUCUCGGCCAUGAUCAGUGACCGCGACGAGGACGCGCUGAGCUACAUGACGAGUUUGCAGGUGGAGGAGUUCGGGCAGAGCCGCCCUGGGUGCCGGAUCCGGUUCUUCUUCAGCGUCAACCCCUAUUUCCAGAACGACGUCGUGGCCAAGGAGUUCGUGCGUGGCCCCUCCGGUCACCUGGUGUCCCACUCGACCCCCAUCCGGUGGUGGCAGGGGCAGGACCCCCGGUCCCGUCCCCACAAGGGACCCCCGGCCCCUCGGAGCUUCUUUGCUUGGUUUGGGGAUCACAGCUUCCCUGCAGGGGACCGUGUGGCUGAGAUCAUCAAGGAGGAGCUUUGGCCCAACCCUCUCCAGUUCUACCUGCUGGGGGAGGGCGCCGAGGGACCCCCUGACAGUGAGAGCGGCGAGGACUGCGUGGUGAUCCUGGAUGAUGAUGAGGACGUGCAGGAGAUCCCAGAUGAUGGGGAUGGCAGUGGCGUGGAAGAGAUCCUGACAGAGGAGCCCCCCAACCCCCCUGUGGGACAGAAAGACCCCAACAGGGGCAGAAUUUAAUUGGGGGGGGGAUUUGAGGGUGCUGAACCUCUCCACCCCCCCGGCAUUGCGGGUAAUGAGGGGCUGGGGGCCCCCAACACAGCUCAGGGUGUUCGAAGGCCUUUCACCCCCCUGCCCCCCUCUGGGGACCCCCAAUCUCCAUCACCUGGGGGGGGUGGGGAGGGGUCGUCCCCCUAAAUCCCUCCCCCACACCCACCCACCACACACAAGGGGGAGAAAACACAACCAGUUCCUGACCAUUUUUUUGUACAUUUUGGGUUUAAAAAACUUGUAAAGUUUUCCUUUUUAUAUCUAAAAAUAUAUUAUAAUAAAGAGAAAGUUUUUAACAGA